AUGUUUGGUGUUUCCAACUCGCUUCUGGCCUUCAGCGCCGCCGUGGCGGCCCUGGUGUUUGGCGUCUUCAAGCUCGUGCGCGCACGCCUGUUCUUCAGAAAUCUCGACACGUGGCCCUUCAUGGAGCCGCAGAUGGUCAUCACGGACCCGGACGCCGCCAUGCAGGGUGCUUCUCGGGGGGGAGGCACAGCGGCAAUGAAUAUCGAGCGAGCUAACAAAUCCAGCCUGAAAGCCCUGCUGCUCGGCGGGCACGGCACAACGACGGACACGUUCACCUUUGCAGCGAUGCUCCUGAGCGUGCACCCCGAAGCCAUGGCGCGUCUGCGCAGGGAGCACGACGAGGUCUUCGCGCCGGGCCUCGACGCGACGGUCGCCCUGAUCGAAGAGGACCCCAAGCGGACCAACAGGCUCGAGUACACCAACGCCGUCAUCAAGGAGACGCUGCGCUUCUUCCCCAUCGGCUUCACCAUCCCGCGCGGCGCCGCCGGGCACAACGUCGCUCUCGUGGCAGGGGCGCGCGUACCCCGUCGAGGGCGUCAUGGUCGUGCCGUGCGCGCACACGUCGCACAUGGACGCCUCGCUCUGGGGCGAUCCCAAGGUCUUCCGCCCGGAGCGCUUCCUCGGCGAGGAGGGGGCGGCGACGCACCGGAUCUGGCCAUGGAUGAGCUGCGGGUCAUGCUGCUGCUGACGGCGCGGUGGUUUGACUUCGAGACGGUGGUCGAGGGCACGAGUGAGAGGGUGAUGUACAUGGAUCUCGACAAGCUGGUGGGAGAUCUGGCGUUCCAGGAGAUUGGCAUGGAGGCGCGGCCUAGGUCUAGCAUGAGGAUGAGAGUGAAGCUCAGGGAGCCGGCUUCAUCUCAGGAGUAG